GCUCGUAUUAUAUAUAUGAAGAGUGUAUUUGCUCGUUAAGCAAGAUUCAACAACUUUUUAUUUAUUACAAUUUCAUAAACGUUAACGAUGACGAAGUCAAAAUUUUCCACCGAAAAGUAACAUAAUAAAAUCUCUAAGAAUUCCUUUCAAAGCUUUAUUGUAUGCGCUAUCUUGUUGUUCCUGAGAUCGAUAUAUAAAAACGUUUGUGAAAACAUAUUCUUGGCUCUCACUUGGUAAACGAAUCUACUACUUUCCACACUUCGACAAUGCUGCAGCAGAUGAUUAAAAAAAUCAUCUCGCCUUUCAUCAUUCUUCACUUGCCGUGAAGUAAGCUGUAACUCUUCUACUAGUACUACUACUACUACUACUACAAGUUACAAUGAUUUUAACUGUUAAUAGGAAGGCGUAAAAAAAAACUGAAAUUUAUGUAAAAAUUCUGCAUAUAUUUAGAUCAUUAAUUAAUUGACGAGCGGCUGUUUAUUUUCUCGUUUUAUUGUUACUCGAGUACAAGUCUGCGAAAGCUUGAACACAACACUACUCAUUGAUUACAUAAACGAAUAAAAAUAGGAAAAUGGAUGGAAAAUUAUCAUCAUCGGCCUCAAUAAAAUCUAAAACAAAAGCUAAAAGCAAAAAAUUAAAAUCCAAUAAAGAAUCAUCGAUAUGCUUGGACGUUGAUUUAUGGGAGCAAAAUGAAGAUCGUUUCACAAGCAUUACUUUGCCAUCAGAUCAACAGAAAAAGCCGUUCAACAGUUCUUUAACGCCUGCACUAAGGCCGACUAAAGUGAAUAAGAGUUGCGCUACUAAGGAAACAAUCUCUUCAACAGCGUCACCCGUACAGCCAGUUACAACGCUAGGCGGCGUUGAUUCACAUGCGGCUCUCAUAGCUUUGGAUACCAAUGCUCAAAGCGAUGCAAUUGAACCAGAACGUGGCAACUGGACGGGACGUUUCGAUUUCUUACUAUCACUGCUGGGUUAUUCGGUGGGUUUGGGUAAUGUGUGGCGUUUUCCCUAUUUAUGCUACAAUAAUGGAGGCGGUGCAUUCCUAAUACCGUUCACCAUAAUGCUAAUAAUUGCUGGACUUCCUCUCAUGUUUAUGGAAUUAUCGUUUGGACAAUACGCUGCCUUGGGACCGGUAGCAAUUUAUCGCCGCUUUUGCCCUUUAUUUCGAGGCUUAGGCACGGGCAUGGUUAUCGUCUCCGCCAUCGUUAUGCUUUAUUAUAAUUUAAUUAUUGCCUGGACAAUUUUCUAUAUGUUUGCUUCAUUUCGUACUGAGCUGCCCUGGCAGAAUUGUGAACCAGAAUGGAGUACAGAAAAUUGUUUUUCCUACGAAAUAGCUGACAAGUGUGAAGCUCUUAAUGGUACAUUUUAUCUAAGGGUAUGCUACAAUGCCACAUAUGCCGAAGAGCACAAUAUCACCGAAAUGACAGUAAAUGCUUUAAAACGACCGCCCGCCGAAGAAUAUUUUAACAAUUACGUUUUGGGCCUGUCCUCGGGUAUCGAAGAGACGGGAGGUAUUAAAAUCUCUUUAGCGAUAUGUUUGUUUUGCGCUUGGGUUAUUGUGUUCCUCUGCUUAUGCAAAGGCGUUCAAUCAUCGGGUAAAGUUGUGUACUUUACCGCUUUAUUCCCGUAUGUAGUGCUCGUAAUAUUGUUUGUUAGAGGCGUUACAUUACCGGGAGCGGCUACAGGAAUACUCUUCUAUCUAACACCAGAUUGGAAACAAUUGGCCAAUGCACAGGUUUGGGGUGAUGCUGCUGUACAAAUAUUUUUUGCUUUAAGUCCCGCCUGGGGUGGUUUAAUAACACUCUCGUCUUAUAACAAAUUCUCAAAUAAUUGCUACAAAGAUUCGCUAAUCGUUGCUGUUUGUAAUAUUGGAACUUCCUUCUUUGCCGGUUUGGUUAUAUUUUCAAUAAUUGGUUUUCUCGCCCACGAAUUGGAUGUCGAAGUGGAAAAAGUCGUCGAUCAAGGGGCUGGAUUGGCUUUUAUUGUUUAUCCCGAAGUGGUGACACGUUUACCCAUCUCGCCGGUAUGGGCCGUAUUAUUCUUUGUAAUGCUAUUGACAUUGGGCUUAGACUCUCAGUUUGCUCUGAUGGAAACAGUAACUACUGCCAUUUUGGAUAAGUUUCCAAAUUUAAGACAAUACAAAACAUGGGUUGUAUUAUUUGUUGGCGUAUUUGGCUAUAUCGGGGGAAUUGGUUUCACAACCAGGAGUGGCAUGUAUUGGCUGCAGCUGAUGGAUAAGUAUGCCGCCAAUUGGUCGGUUCUAUUAAUAGCGAUAUCGGAGUGUGUAUUAAUUGCUUGGAUUUAUGGUUCGCAACGAUUUCUUAAUGAUAUUCAGGGCAUGAUUGGAAAACGGUCACGAUCCUGGAAUACGUUUUGGUCACUUAUGUGGCGUUUCAUAACACCAGCCACCUUACUGUUCAUUUUAUUUUUUAAUUGGGUAGAGUACAAACCAGCCACAUAUGGUCAUUACGUUUACCCAUUGUGGGCUGAUGCGGUCGGCUGGAUUGUGGGACUAUUGCCGGUUUUCGUUAUCUUUGCAGUCGCUUUCCAACAGAUCUGCAAGGCACCCGAUUCAAUGGGCCUAAGAGAACGCAUUAAAUACUUGGUUAAGCCUACGGCCGAAUGGGGUCCCGCAGGACGUCCGUGCAUUAAUUUGCACGCUGAGCGAUACGAGAGUGAAAACUAUGAUGCAGUAGCCAAUACAAGUAUCUUAACGGAAGGCUUACCUACCGAUUUAUCAAUUUACGAAGAUAACCUUACAGUCAUUUAUCGUAAUGGCAAUGGUAAUGAUGGCAGUGACGAAAUGGAAGACGAAGCUUUGCAACUCUGAGAGCGAGUUUUGCCAAA